UCGGUGCCCAGGGAACAGUGGGUUAACUGCCUUGCUCGGGGGCAGAAUGACACAUUUUUACCUUGUCAGCUCAGGGGUUUGAUCAAGCAACCUUUUGGGUUGUUGGCCAAAUAAUCCUACCCGCCAGGCUACCUGACGCCUAGUCAUGAGGAAGGUUAAGUUGAUGAGUGAGAGGAGAGUUUGAGGGUCAGUGCUCUCAGCAGAUAACCUGGAUGGGCUGACAAGGAUUCAUCAUAAUCUCACAAGUGCUACUGUGACCUGCUGGGUUCUAAGUUCAAACCCGACCAGUCUGCGCAACCCGACCAGUCCCUCUGUGCUCGGUGAGCUAAAGGAAGUAAUCAUGUCUCAGGAAAGCUUACAUAUUACGUGAGCAAGCACUGUUGGAAAACUUAAAACAUGUUAGCUUGUUAACUUCAUACGAUUUUACAUGUCUUAUUCCUCUGUCCAGGCUGCGUGAGCGGGCGGUGAGGGAGAUGCUGCAGCUGCACUGCCCCCUGCUGGAGACGGAGGAGUCUGCCAAGAAAGAGCACUUUCUCACAGAGAGACUACUGAUCCCAGAACAGUGGCUCCACCAGGCCAAAGCUACCAGAGCCAGAAGAGACACAGACAGACACGGAGAGGCCCUUCACCUGUACAGAGCAGGACACUGGAACCUCUGCCACAGUCUGGUCAUACAGCACCUUGCCUCAGAUUGCAUCAUUAAUGAUAAUCAUGAGUACCUCUUGAAGUUCCUGGAGGGGCUUGCAGUUCCUGAGCGCAGUGCUGUGAUCCAGGACUGGGACACGGCGGGCAGAGUCUACCUGGACUACAUCAGAGUCGUACAGACCCUACACGCCAUACAACAGAUGGACAGUACUGGUUAUGAGCUGGAGUGUCUACACACUGAGGUGAGGUCACUCUGCAACAGGAUAGAGGUCCUCCCUUGCUCCACCGCCAAGGACCGCCUCGCCCAAUCAGAGAUGGCCAAGCGUGUGGCUAACAUCCUGCGUGUGGUGUUGAGUCUGCAGCAGGGUGGUGAGGGUGGCGAAAUCCCCUUGUCCCAGAUUGCGUCCAACAUCGGCCGUCUGCCCAUGCCCGAGGACUAUGCUCUCGAGGAGCUCCGCAGUCUCACCCAAUCAUAUCUGAGACAGCUCAUUGUCAGCUAAUGAUCUGCCCCCUGCCCAAUAGCAACUGAGGUAGUUUGUUGGAAGCCAAUGAGAACAGUGGGGGAAGGGACUAUCUAGGACAGUUUAAUAGAACUACUGGGGUGUGGUAUGAAUGCAGCGAUGGACUUGAUGUGUGCUCCUUUGGGACUUUGGUUUCUCCUGAAGAAAAUGGCACAAGAUUAUUGGAUGAAGCAUUCGUCAGUGUGUGGAAAUGAAUGACUUGCAAGUUUUUGUAUAGCUCUGUUGUACUUAGUUUGUGUAAGAUGUGUUUAAAAAUUGAACUGCUGAACCCUCCUAAUACUCACCUUUCCCAGCGUUUGACCCUGUUUAAAGGGACAAUCUCAUUGGCUGGUGUGUGUACCGCCAGUAUAAAUGCUUUCUGCAAACUGUUUGACUUGUUUUACAUCAACGUGGAAACUUAAAGGUCAUUAUAGUAAGAUUGGUUCGGGAACUGUCAAUAUGUGUAUACAUAGGGAAAAUCUAUAGCUGAAAAUGGAGAAGACUCAUGUAAUAUUGUACAAAUAGCAGGCUUGAAAUGAACAAUUCUUGUUUUUGGAUACCAAAAGACAGAGAAAAUGUAAAAUGAUAAUGGAUAAAAUGAUAUUUUUGUAUUUUUUUGUUGUUGUAUAUUGUCUGAAACCCAGAGUAUGUGUGUAGUGUAUUGGAAUGGAAUCUAACUAGCACUUCAUCACAUAUGUUUCAGAUUUCUAUUUUAUGGGGACUACCAGAGCUGGUUUUUGUAAUCAGUAAUCCAACAAUAGUUUGUUUUUAAUGAGCCAAUCCAUUUUCUCUGGUCUUUGCAAGGAGUUUGAAGGAUAUUUUAAAUAUUAUUUACAGGUCCUUGGUGUUACCACCCUCCAUUCUCAUUCUUUGUUCCCCUUUCUCUAGUUUUCUGUAUGUAGAUUUUUCAAGAGAAAUGUACUUAUUGAUUGAUGUGCUGCUGCUGCAGUAUAUUUUGGGUGGGAGACCGCUCCCCUCGUGCAAAGUGCCUUUUACGAGGAGGGUCUCCGUACUUCUGUUGCUGCCGUUGCUUUGUGCACGAUUGUGAUGGUGAUAACGUUUUUAUUAGUCUGAAUAAAAUGCAUUCUAUUUUCUCCUGAA